AUGUUCGUCGACAUUUAUGACCAACUCUAUAUUUCAUAUGCAUCUGUUGUAUCUACUUUGGGUGUACUGUUUAAUGCCUUUUUAUUGUUUCUCAUAUUUUUCAAAAGUCCGCCAUGCCUGACUCCGUAUACUGUAUUUCUGGCGAACACUUCUAUCACACAGUUGCUGUAUUCAAUAUGUUUUCUGUUAACUGUACCGAGGGUGAUCUCCAUAAAUCUUCGAAUCGUGAAUAUCUACCUUGGAUUCUCCCAGUUCCUGGGCCACUGGUGGAGCUAUAUGAUAUUUGUGACGAUGUUACAUUUUGCAGUCAAUUCAUUUCUAUCCAUUAUGUUAUCUAUGGUUUUCCGUGCCAUCUCCCUAAAAACCCUUCGAUUCCCGACUUCUGGAGCAUUUACAAUGUGUAUUCUGGCCUAUUUGAUUCCGUUUAGUAUGGUGGUUUCUAUUCGCGAUAUUGAGAUAACCUCGAAUUUCACUAUCAAUAGUAAUUAUACGUUGUGGCAGUUGGAGAAUCUGGAUAAGUAUCGGACAGUGGUGGGGACAAGUGUGGCGCAGCUCUCCACCCUCUGGGUUGCCUGCUGUGUCAGUCUUCUAUGCAUUCCCAUCUACAGUGUGAUGUUCUACUGUAGAUAUCGAAUAUUAAAAAUGCUGGAACGCCCGGGUUACAUGUUCAACACUACCACAACCCUGCAGAUCAAACGAUUAGUAAAGGCGCUCACCGUGCAAUCUAUGAUCCCUGUGUUCACGCUGUUUCCGGCGUCUCUCAUUUUUCUCUCCACUCAAUUUCAUGUUAUCGAGACGACCAAGUUCGGCUAUAUCAUAAUUUCCUUGUUGAGUUUGAGUCCCACUAUUGAUCCCCUGGUCACCAUCUACUACGUGCAACCCUAUCGAAAAUACAUUGUCGAUUUGCUGUGGUCCGAGGAGCGUCCUCUAAUCUCCCCAUUCCUUUCGAACAACGACCCCAGAUUCUACAGAAGCCGUUCGAAUAGUGUUCUGAUGAUGCGAAACACACAUUUCGUCUAG